GAGCCACUUGAGACUCUGAAUUUAUCUUUCAAUAGGAUCAUGGCAAAAGCUGGAGGAAAAGGAGUAAACCUGAAAGACAAACUUGAUGGCAAUGAAUUGGACUUGAGCCUGAGUGACCUGAAUGAGAUACCAGUCAAAGAACUGGCUGCCCUUCCAAAGGCUACCAUCUUGGAUUUGUCCUGUAACAAUCUCACUUCCCUACCGUCCGACUUCUGCAGUUUGACCCACCUGGUGAAACUUGAUCUGAGUAAAAAUCAGCUUCAGCAGCUCCCCUCAGACUUUGGUCGCCUGGUUAACUUGCAGCACCUGGACCUCCUGAACAACCGAUUAGUUAUGCUACCAGUCAGUUUUGCACAGCUCAAGAAUCUGAAGUGGUUGGAUCUGAAGGACAACCCCUUGGAUCCUACCCUGGCCAAAGUGGCAGGAGACUGCCUGGAUGAGAAGCAAUGUAAACAGGCCGCUAUCAGAGUGCUGCAGCAUAUGAAAACUAUCCAGUCUGAGCAGGAUCGAGAGAGGCAACGAAGGCUACAAGCAGAGCGAGAAAUGGAGAAGAAGCGUGAAGCAGAGCAGCGAGCAAGGGAGGCUCAGGAGAGGGAACUCCGGAGGCGAGAGAAGGCAGAAGAGAAGGAACGCAGGAGACGGGAGUAUGAUGCACUAAGAGCGGCAAGGCAAGAGAUGGAAACACAAACGAAAAAAGAAAACAGUGAGAUCCCAAAGCUUUCAUCAGUUUCUCAUCCGUCUCAGCUGCCCCGGCACAGGCGCUCCUGGUUCCAAGCAUUGUUGAAGCUGCUGCUCUUGAUAUUUCUGUGUGCUGUUAGCACUGUGGCUGUUUGUCGGGUGACGGAGCUGCAGCGUCAGUCUCUGUGCAUCAGCGUGAACACUCUCUAUGAGAAUGUGGUAACUGCUCUGCAAAGCCACAAAAUAGUGCAAAAUGUAUUACAUCAGAACUUGCAGCAAUGAUGCUGCUACCUGAACAUGUGCAUUGUCAGCAUCUCUUGCCACCAUUGACACAGCCAGAAUUCCUAUGGAAUUAUGUUUUGGUGAAACUACCUUUAAUCAGUCAGCACUGGAUUUGCUGGUCCAUUCAGAACAGAGCAGAACUACUGCUUAGAUCAUUUUUGUUGUGCUUGUGUCUCAGCUGGUCUGCAACUCCUGUUGUUUGCUAACAUUAAGUUAGAACAUGUUAAGAUACUCUCCCUCACUCAUGGAGCAGGAGGUUGCCAGUCAACAGAGGAGUGAGGAAAGCCAUAACCCAUCUGGGUAACUAUGGCUUUGUAAGGAGGUGGGGUAUAUCCAUCUUCUUGCUGACACUUGAAAGAAGGUUCAUGCAAACCUUUGCUAAAAUCAGUGGUGGUGUGGCUGUAUGGUAUAGAAAUAUACAUAAGCUCAUUCCAGGACCCAUUAGAAGUAUGUAGGAUGGCUGUGUAUUGAUACAUCAGGUUGGCGGAGUGAUGAAAUGCUAUUGAAAUAAGAAUUGUCAGCUUUGUCAAUAUAACAGUUUUCGCAGC